UUUUUGUUUCCUUCCAUGUGUACUCUCGUGGGUUUCAAAUCUCUUUUAAAAAUGAAAUAUAAUUUUUUUUUAAUGCUCUUGUUGAGUUUUUAUCUGUUUGGUCUUCUGCCUGAUAUUUUAUAUAUAAACUUUCAGUUUUGUGCAAGGAACAUGCUUAAGGUUGUGAUUUUGUCUACUGGGUAUAUCUAAUCUAUUUUGCUGAGCUCCUUGUACCAGUAUACUUAUUUUUUCUCUUGCUCUACUCCUUUUCCUGUCCUUGUCCUCUUGAUUCAAGCUCACUGGGGUUGCUAAUUAGAACCAUCCAUAACAAGAUUUUGGUUAUUGGUUUGGUGAUGGUCAGUUUUGUCUUCGCAUCUUGUAUCAUUUUUCGAGCUGCAGAGCUCAUUUCUAGCUGCUGGUCUUAUUUGGGGUUUCGCGUUUUCAUUCACGCCCUUCCUUUCCUUUACACUUUAAGCAUAGAUUUUAAGGGAAAAACAAUUUAUUUUGAGUUUCAACAAACAAUCUUUACCGUAUGUAUGCCUGUGAUAUUAAUGCAAUGUGCACUCUCAAGUCUCAUGUUUUGCCUUCUCCACUUCAACGAUUCACAAGUCAGAGACAAACUGUAAAACUUGUUUUUGGGUUUUCAAUUUUUUUCUACUUUUUAUUUGUUUAUGGGUUUAUAUGCUGAAUCGGAGGACUGAAUAGUUUGGUUUCAAGAUUUGGGAAGGAAUACUAAUGCUUAUGACGUGCAAAAAAGUAGCGGCCUUUUAUCCAUACCCUCUUACUUUGCGUAUACAACUAUGUUGAAUUGCACCGUCAUCAUUAUUAUUCCUAUUUCUUUACUGUAUCUGCAAUGUUUUUGUUCACUUGGCUGACAUGCAUUCUCUCUUAUUAUUAUGUACCUUUUUUGGUUGCAGAGGACAAGUGGGGCUUAAAUCCAAGCCUGCAAGACAUACAAGCGAAAGGCUAAAGAUACAUAAAGUAUAUUUGUGCCAUUUGGUGAAUCUUUACUGUUUUGAAGACAGAGUAUCCUGGUGCUAUCAAGCCUAUCAUAUAAAGUUUCAGUGAGUGAAGGGAAGAAAGUAUAAGAAAAGACCAGCAAUGCCUGUAAGGCAAAUGAAAGAGAGCUCGGAGCAGCGCUUAGUGAUAAAAACCCACAUGCAGAACUCCAUGAACCAACCACAAAAACACCAUAAAACUGCUCAAAACGGAAAAGGACCACCACAACCACUACAAGAAAGUUCCAACACUAAACCCCAAAACCAGGCCUCACCUCCUGCAAAGAACAGAGGGAGAAGGAGAGGCAGAGGUGGUAGAAAGUCUGAUCAAGGAGAUGUAUGUACGAGGCCUAGUUCAAGGCCUUGUACAGUGGCACAUAAACCUGUUCUGAACCCAACUGGUGAUCUCCUGGCAAAUGCUUCUAAUGGGCAUAUUGAGAAUAGUAAAAAUGUUUGUGAAAUGGAGAUGGGUUUGGGGUUCCCUACCUCAAGCAAGUCUUUGAGUCUAGCUCCUAGGCCUGGUUAUGGUCAAGUUGGGACUAAGUGUAUUGUUAAAGCCAACCAUUUCCUUGCAGAGUUACCAGACAAGGACUUGAACCAGUAUGAUGUUACCAUAACUCCUGAAGUGGCAUCAAGAACUGUGAACAGAGAUAUUAUGGCAGAGCUCGUGAGGCUUUACAAAGAUUCUGACUUGGGAAUGAGACUGCCUGCUUAUGAUGGCAGAAAGAGCUUGUACACGGCCGGUGAGCUUCCUUUUGCUUGGAAGGAGUUCAUAAUUAAGCUUAUUGAUGAAGAGGAUGGUAUCAAUGGUCCCAAGAGAGGGAGGGAAUACAAGGUGGCGAUCAAGUUUGUCGCGAGGGCCAAUAUGUAUCAUUUAGGUCAAUUCUUAGCUGGGAAACGUGCUGAUGCCCCGCAGGAAGCUCUACAGAUUCUUGACAUUGUACUGAGAGAGCUAUCUUCAAAGAGGUAUUGCCCUGUCGGAAGAUCCUUCUUUUCACCUGAUAUAAGAGCACCACAACGACUUGGUGAUGGCUUAGAGUCCUGGUGUGGAUUUUACCAGAGUAUAAGGCCUACUCAAAUGGGACUUUCCUUAAAUAUUGAUAUGGCCUCAGCUGCUUUCAUUGAGCCUCUUCCUGUGAUAGAGUUCGUUGCCCAGCUUCUAGGGAAAGAUAUAUUAUCAAGGCCAUUGUCUGAUUCUGAUCGAGUUAAGAUUAAGAAGGGUCUCAGAGGCGUGAAAGUUGAAGUAACUCACAGAGGGAGUGUACGAAGAAAGUAUCGUGUCUCAGGAUUGACAUCUCAGCCUACAAGAGAACUUGUGUUUCCUGUUGAUGAUAACUCGACCAUGAAGUCAGUUGUUGAAUACUUCCAGGAGAUGUAUGGCUUUACCAUUCAACAUACACAUCUACCUUGCCUUCAGGUUGGAAACCAGAAGAAAGCAAACUAUCUACCUAUGGAGGCUUGCAAAAUUGUGGAGGGGCAGCGGUAUACGAAAAGGUUGAAUGAGAGGCAAAUUACUGCCCUCUUAAGAGUUACAUGUCAAAGACCCAGGGAUCGAGAAAAUGACAUUUUACAGACAGUUCAGCAUAAUGCUUAUGAUCAAGAUCCUUAUGCAAAGGAAUUUGGUAUCAAAAUCAGUGAAAAGCUAGCUUCUGUUGAGGCUCGAAUUCUCCCUGCCCCUUGGCUGAAAUAUCAUGAAACUGGAAAAGAAAAGGAUUGCUUGCCUCAAGUUGGGCAAUGGAAUAUGAUGAACAAGAAAAUGAUUAAUGGAAUGACUGUAAGCCGGUGGGCAUGUAUUAACUUCUCUAGGAGUGUGCAAGAGAGUGUUGCUCGUGGCUUUUGCAAUGAACUUGCCCAAAUGUGUCAAGUUUCUGGAAUGGAGUUCAAUUCAGAGCCUGUGAUCCCUAUUUACAAUGCCAGGCCUGAGCAUGUAGAGAAAGCUUUGAAACAUGUGUAUCAUGCAUCCACGAACAGAACCAAAGGAAAAGAGCUAGAGCUUCUCUUAGCUAUUCUACCUGACAACAAUGGGUCCCUCUAUGGUGAUCUGAAGCGAAUAUGUGAAACUGAUCUUGGUUUAAUAACUCAAUGUUGUCUCUCAAAACACGUUUUCAAGAUCAGUAAGCAGUACUUGGCAAACCUGUCGCUCAAGAUCAAUGUAAAGAUGGGUGGUAGGAAUACCGUCCUUUUAGAUGCUAUAAGCUGCAGAAUACCAUUAGUUAGCGACAUACCGACAAUUAUUUUUGGAGCAGAUGUGACUCACCCAGAGAAUGGAGAGGACUCAAGCCCCUCGAUUGCUGCUGUGGUAGCUUCUCAGGACUGGCCUGAAGUAACAAAAUACGCUGGAUUGGUAUGUGCUCAAGCUCACAGACAGGAACUCAUACAGGACUUGUACAAAACAUGGCAAGAUCCUAUUCGUGGUACUGUAAGUGGUGGCAUGAUCAGAGAUCUCCUGAUUUCUUUCAGGAAAGCAACGGGGCAAAAGCCGCUAAGGAUCAUAUUUUAUAGGGAUGGUGUUAGUGAAGGGCAAUUUUAUCAAGUUCUGCUUUAUGAAUUGGAUGCAAUUCGGAAGGCCUGUGCUUCUUUGGAGCCAAAUUAUCAGCCACCGGUGACUUUCAUUGUUGUACAAAAACGUCACCACACAAGAUUGUUUGCUAACAACCAUAGGGACAGGAAUAGCACAGACAAGAGUGGAAACAUAUUACCUGGCACUGUGGUUGAUUCUAAAAUCUGUCAUCCAACGGAAUUUGACUUUUAUCUCUGUAGCCAUGCUGGUAUUCAGGGAACAAGUAGACCAGCACACUAUCAUGUUUUGUGGGAUGAGAACAAUUUCACAGCUGAUGGAAUCCAGUCCUUGACAAACAAUCUCUGUUACACAUACGCAAGGUGCACGCGCUCUGUUUCAGUGGUUCCACCUGCAUACUAUGCACAUUUAGCUGCUUUUCGUGCUCGAUUUUACACAGAGCCAGUGAUGCAGGAGAAUGGCUCAGCAGGCAGUGGUGCUUGCCAUGGUGCUAAGGGAACACGGACAGGAGAAUCUGGUGUCCGGCCACUUCCAGCCUUGAAAGAGAAUGUAAAGAGAGUAAUGUUUUAUUGUUAGGAAGGAAUGGAAGUUGGAUUCAGGAAUAGGUAGUUCAAGAUGCUAGAAUCGAGAAUUCUCAUGUACAUGCAACAACGAAAGAAACAUGAUAGCAGGAUGUUUCAUUCUAGCUCAGUGAUUAGAACCCCCAAAAAGCCUAUGGUCGGUGGUUCUCUUUAAACAUGUCGAGCGUGAGAAACACCACAAAACACAGGUGAUAGCACUAGUCCUCCAAGUAGCCAUAGAUGAUGGGAAGAAUGUCAAAGUAGGCCUUGUAAAGAAAUGUUCAUUUAUGAAUUAAUCACGAUGUAGGAAAUUUUGCCA